UUAGGGUCUCAUGUGCGCAUUUGGAUUCUGAUAUCUGCUUGAAGUGCAUAUGAUAUAACACUUCUUUGAUUUUGUUGUUGGCCCACAGCUGGAUGAUGCUCCGUUUGCUGACUGUCCUGCUGGGUGUCUCCGUCCUCCCCACGGCCAGCCACUCGCCGUACCAGCAGCUACUGUACGGCUCCACGGCCAACCUGACGUGCCGGAGCCACGACUUUAGACCGUCGCAUCACGUGACUGAACGCUACCAAUGGAUGCUGCCCAGCAAUCACCUGAUCGAUGUCAACACGAUCGAUGACAUGAACGAUGAUCGCUAUGAACUCUGGAACAAUGGCUCCAUUCUGCUGGUGAAAAACAUCGAUAAAGAAGAUUUCGGUUUUUACUUUUGUCUUGUCAUGCUGGGCGAGCAAAAAUCUGUUCAAAGAAUCGUUAAGCUGGGGAUCAACGUGGACGGUCCUUAUUUUGGCGACAUGUGGGACAAAUAUUCUGGCAACUUAAAAACUGGGCUCAUAUCAGGCGGUAUCGUGGCGCUUGUGAUGGCGAUGUUUUGCUACAACUAUGACCAAUAUCAGGCCAAACACGAUAAGCCGGCAGUCCGGCAGACGACUAACAAUGUCCACUUUCCGAAUUCCCAUUCCAUAGGCACCGACCACAUCAAUCCGGUUUACAUCGAGGACGAAUCUCUGGAGAUGUCCCCGGAUGUAGAUCUAACCACGCCCAGCAGGCUAGCAGCAGACGAGGUUGAGGUGGAGGUCUCGCCCACACAGGAUGAGCAGAAGACCAGUUUUUGACUCCCGGGAGUUCCAGCAACUUGUCCGGCAAUUUAUGCCACAACUUUUGACUAGUUGAUAUACUUUGACCAGAAUGGAAUUGGUCUCGCAUUUUUUUUUCCCCAAAACCAGAUAGUUUAUACUUUAUUGCAAUCUUAUUUGCUGCUUCUCGCUUGUUUACCAACUGAAAAGUAUAAAUAAAU